UUCGCUGAAUUCCCCAUCAAUCGACAUGCGCGGAACGGAUCGAAAUUGAGGAUUCCCCAAGCUCGAUGGAGGUUCCAGGGGACGCGGUUUGACGACGACGAUCGAGCGGCGCGCCUUCUUCUUCUUCUUCUGCUUCUUCUUCUUCUUCUAUGCCUUCUGCUGCUGCGACUCGGGAAUGAUGCGUCGAGAGAUCUCCCUUCUCGUUCAGCCUCGGUUCAUCCUCCUCGCCUUCCUCGCCCUCUCCGUCCUCCUCGUCUUCGCCUUCUCCUUCUCCUUCUCCUUCUCCUUCUCCAGACAGAGAGGAGACCAAGUAGAAGAAGAGCCUGAAAUUACCCACAGAGUAUACUUGGAUGUUGACAUUGAUGGGCAGCAUUUAGGUAGAAUUGUGAUUGGAUUAUAUGGCAAGGUGGUACCAAAAACUGUAGAAAAUUUCCGGGCUUUGUGCACAGGGGAAAAAGGCAAGAGUGCCAGGCGGAAAAAACUCCACUACAAAGGAACACCUUUUCACCGUAUAAUAUCUGGCUUCAUGAUCCAAGGUGGAGAUAUAAUCUAUGGUGAUGGAAGAGGAUAUGAAUCUAUAUAUGGUGGCACCUUUGCUGAUGAAAAUUUUAGGAUAAAGAAUUCCCACGCAGGUGUAAUUUCCAUGGUGAAUUCGGGCCCCGACUCUAAUGGAUCACAAUUCUUUAUUACCACGGUCAAAGCCAGCUGGCUGGAUGGAGAGCAUGUUGUUUUCGGCAGGGUUAUUCAAGGCAUGGACACUGUUUAUGUAAUCGAAGGUGGAGCUGGAACAUACAAUGGAAAGCCCAGAAAGAAAGUCAUAAUCGCCGACUCUGGAGAGAUUCCGAAAAGUAAGUGGGACGAGGAAAGGUGACCACUUUUUGUUUUUGGGUACACGCAGUUAGGAUAACUAGCACGAAAGCCCAAUCGCAUAUACAGGACUUGGAAGCGAGGUUCUCUCCUUUGGUCGACAUUCUUUGCCCCUUGUCUUUUGUCCUGAAAGCUGGUGGCUACCCAGCUAACUCCAACGCUAACAUUCACCAUGCUACAGUUCUUGGAAAUGCCAUAGGUUGUUAUUUUGUA